GAGAAAAUAAAGAUCAGAGAGCGACAAAGAUCCAGUUCAAGUACCACACAUACAUACAUACAUACAUACAUAGGAGAGUGUGAGUGAAGUUGAAGAAGCUUCGGUUCUGUUCUGAGAAAUAAUGAGAAGAAUGAAUAUUAUUCUGAUAAUAAUAACAGUAACUUUUUCCUCAGUUAGAUCUCAGACACAAAAUCUAUCUCCUCGGUAUAUCUUGGAGAACGAUAACGAUGUCGUUUCAGUUUCAUCCUCUCCCCUGCUGCCUCAACCUCUCAUGAUCCCACUCACUCUUAUUCAUGGAGCUGUUUCUAAAGGAGCAGUAUGUUUGGAUGGAACUUUACCUGGUUACCACUUCCAUCCCGGAUCUGGAUCUGGUGCAAAUAGUUGGCUCAUUCAAUUGGAGGGAGGAGGAUGGUGUAAUACCAUCAGAAGUUGUGUCUUUAGAAAAACUACUCGACGCGGUUCCUCAAAAUACAUGGAAAAGCAACUACCAUUCACUGGAAUAUUGAGCAAUAAAGCUGAACAAAAUCCUGAUUUCUUUAACUGGAACAGAGUCAAAGUGCGGUACUGUGAUGGGGCUUCUUUCAGUGGAGACAGUCAAAACGAGGCUGCACAGCUUCAAUUUAGAGGACAGAAAAUAUGGCUAGCUGCAAUGGAAGAAUUAAUGUCCAGGGGAAUGAAGAACGCCAACCAGGCUCUUUUAUCUGGAUGCUCUGCGGGUGGUCUGGCAUCUAUACUACAUUGCGAUGAGUUCCAAAGCUUGUUUCCAAAAUCUACCAAAGUGAAAUGUUUGAGUGAUGCAGGAUUUUUUCUUGAUGCAACUGAUGUAUCUGGGGGGCACACAUUGAGGAAUCUGUUUGGAGGUGUAGUUAAUUUACAGGAAGUGCAAAAAAAUCUACCAAAAAGUUGUCUCAACCACCUGGACCCAACUUCGUGCUUCUUUCCUCAAAAUUUGAUCGAUCAUGUUCAGACUCCAUUGUUUCUGCUGAAUGCAGCUUAUGAUGCAUGGCAGUUCCAAGAAAGUCUAGCUCCUCAUUCAGCAGAUCCUCAUGGAUCUUGGAAUAAUUGUAAAUCAAAUCAUGCAAAUUGUAAUUCAUCCCAAAUUCAGAUCCUCCAAAACUUCAGAAAUCAAAUGCUAAAUGACAUCAAAGGAUUUUCAACGACUUCUCAAUCUGGAUUAUUCAUAAAUUCUUGUUUUGCUCAUUGCCAAUCGGAGAGACAAGAUACAUGGUUUGCUGAUGACUCUCCCCUCCUUAACAACAUGCCAAUUGCGGUUGCCAUUGGAAAUUGGUUUUUCGAUCGUCAAGUUGUCAAAGCUAUUGAUUGUGCUUACCCCUGUGAUAAUACCUGCCAUAAUCUGGUCUUCAAUGUUGGUAAAUCUGCCAUGGUAGACUCUCAAUCCACAAGUGAUGAUAUUCCUACCUCCAUGCAAUAUUCCCGCUCCACAAGGUUGACUUUUAGUGCUGGCUUAUUUGUACUAAGUGCUUUAUUACCAAUUACAUGCUCAUAAUACACUGGUGUUAUUAAAAUUCGAAUUACACUAUGGUGCUACAUAUAAUAUAAUAUAUAGCACUUUAAACUCGUGCUUGAAGUUGCAACUUACAAGAUUCAAGGAAAGCAAAGAAAAGAAAUUUGUCUUGAGACAAAGUGUAAGUAUGCCAGGUUGGAAUAGAAAUAUUCUCUUAUGUUAGAGGAUUCUGAUGCUGUAGCCUGUAGGUGGUGGAUUGGGAAUAGAUACUUAAUAUAAUGAGACCAUUAGAUAGAGAACAAAUUGGAGUAAUGAUGCUAUGUACAAGUGGUGUUGGUGUGAUUGGAUUAUUAAGAGGUCAUGUUAAAAAAAUGUAUGCCCCUUGCAAAAGCAAGUUUAAGGAGGUCAAAUGCUCUCAAACAUGAUAUGUCUAUAGUCCUAUUUUACUACUGUAAAUGAGUAAAGUGUAAAGGUAAAAUAAUAAGAGUCGUUAUUUCAACAAAUUUCUAGUUUA